AUGUUCUGCAGAGAUCUCAUCGACACCGUACUGAACGUCACGCCGAAGGAAAUAGUGACGAACGUAAAGCAAGAUGAAAUGCAGUACUUCUUGGAGUUGUGCGACAAUAGCACGGAAAACGGCACGCAGGAUCCACUAAAAUCAAUUUUCGACUUUAUCCUCAAAACCUUGCAGAGCCUCCUCAUAUACCCAGGAACAAAAUGGUGCGGAGCCGGAAAUAUUGCCAAGAACUACGACGACCUCGGGAGCCAGAGAGGAACGGACAUGUGCUGCCGUACUCACGACCACUCUUCCGAUAAUAUAGCACCCUUUCAGUCGGAGCACGGCGUCACCAAUUUCCAGAUUUUCACAAUGACGAACUGCCGGGACGACUGCGAGCUCUACAACUGCUUGUUGAACGUAAGCAACGCGACAUCUGACGCCGUCGGAGAGAUCUACUUCAACAUCCUAGAAUCCAACUGUUUUGCCUAUGGUUAUCCACAAAAAUGCGUUCAGUACAACGUGAUCUACAUCCCUUUGCUCACCAGUCUUUGCAAGGAGUACGCGCCGGACACUUCCGGGACGCAGGAAUGGCGGACUUACUCUCCAGUCAGUUACUCGGGCGAUGACCAGCCAAGAAAUUGCUCUCAGUAUAACGAAACUGGGUAG